CCUUGCUGGAGCGGCUUGAAGAGGCCAACGUCAAGGUUCCAAACUCACUCCAAAAACGACUUCAAGAAGAGUGUCCCGGUGUUUUCUGCGAACCGGUCGUUCAGCUGAUGUCCAAGCGUUCGCAAGCACCUCCAACACCAUCCUCAAUCCUCAAAGAUGGAACUGGAGAACCGAGUUUGAAGCCCACCUCAACAACUACUCAUUCGCAUUACUCGCUGAGAAAUUUCCAAUCAAAUCAGCCAAGCGCUACCAUACCUAAGCCUCCUCGGUUCUCAUCCAAUGAGUCUGCAGAUAAAUCUUCUGAGCCGUUCUACAUGGGUAAGAUCGUGCCAAUAAUAGCAAAGCUCACGGCUAACACAUUCGUUUGAUAUCAGAUUUCAGUGGCCCAUUCAAGUUCUCCACGACCUUCGACUUCACAGAUGAAGCCAUGGUCGACUCUAAUCGACCGCUGCCGGGUGACU